AUGGUUGUUUGGAUCGAAGAUCACCCGUCUGUUGCGACACCUGAAGGAAUAGCUCGCAUUGAUUCAGUCUGUAGUACUGCCAUUCCUCCAGAAACUUCAGAACUAUAUGAAUUAGUUAAAAAUUGUCAAAUACAUCGACACACUAGUACCUGCACGAAAAAUAAUUCUGUUUGUCGUUUCAACUUUCCACGCUCGGAAUGCUUAGAGACACAUGUUAUUGAUCCUUCAUCUAACGAAUUCAUCUACAACGGUGGUCGCAUUUGCGUUCUGAAAAGAAAAAGUGAAGAUGGUUGGGUAAAUAAUUACAGUCCUGCUUUGCUAAAAAUGUGGAAAGCCAAUAUGGAUAUACAACCGUGUGAUACAAAUGAGUCGAUUGCGUAUUACAUCGCUAAAUACGUGUCAAAAUCAGAACCUACAAACCUAGAUGGUGAAGUAUCUCGAGCUAUUCAACAAAUUAGAAGAGAAGAAACUGACGUCUCGCGUAAGCUGUUUAAAAUAUGCAUGCGCAUAUUAAGAGAACGUCAAGUUUCAGCCUGCGAAUGCGUAUUCAGGCUAUGCCAUUUGAGUAUGCGUGACAGCUCGAGAAAAACAAUUUUUGUCAAUACUCGUAAAGCGGAACAAAGGUAUAAAGUGUUGAAGUUUAAUGAAGCUGGUCAAGCAGCAGGAUAUUGUGCCAAUAUUUUCGAACGAUAUGAAAAGCGACCAGCAAAGCAUCCCAACUAUGAUUUUAACAAUAUGUGUCUCAUAGAAUUUGCGAUGUUAUUUGAGCCACACUACACAAAACCGCUAGUUAUAAAUGAAGAGAGCAUCGAUACCGAUGCUUAUGCACCGCACGAGCAAACAACAAGAAGGUGUCUUAUAACUUUAACAGACAACACCAAAAUGACUAUUAGAAACACGCCAGCUGUAGUACGGGUAUCUAACUUCGUAGCAGCUUCUGAUCCAGAGUCAUAUUAUUACAGUUUACUAAUCCAGUAUAUGCCGUACCGCAAUGAGGCUGAACUUUUAGGAGAAUUUAAUAGUGCCAGAGAUGCAUUUCUCGCCAACGAAGAAAGUUUAAGACAAACAAACGCCUAUUUGGAAAUAUAUCGUGAACGUGACAGGCAGCUUGAAAAUGCAUUCGCGCAAGUACACGCAUUUCAGAUACUGGAACACGACCAUGAAGAAGAAGUUCCUUAUUUGCCAAUGAAUGAAGACCAGUUCUUACAGGCUAAGCAGUCUAUGAAUGCAGGACAAAAGGAAAUUUUUACAUUAGUUACCCAGUCCAUACAAAAUCAAAUGUCAGGUGCUGAAGAACGUUUAAAAAUAUUCUUUACAGGAGGAGCUGGUGUGGGCAAGACUUUUCUAUUAAAGUUAUUACGAGACCAAAUUAAUAGGUGCUACGCAAAGGAUGCGGUUAAAGUCUGCUCACUAACAGGAGUUGCAGCUAGAUUAAUAAAUGGAGCUACGAUACACAGUACUUUAAAAUUGCCUGUACAGAAAGACGGUCGCAUAACAGACACGAGUGAUGAGUUUGCAAUAGACAAAGCAUUAAGGGUAUACCCCACAAAUCAACAAGUUAACGACCACAACUCUGCUGUAUUGAAUUUGUACAGAAAUAAUGGUGCUCGCAUUUACAAAAUAAAAGCGCAGGAUCAGCUAGUACACGCCACACGAAAUGCAGACAAUGUGGAUAUAGCUACUAUAAUACCAGCUGAUAUCAACAAAACUGGGGGUUUACCAGCGGAACUGCAAAUAUUUGUGGGGGCAAAAGUCAUGCUACGGUCCAAUAUUGACGUUUCAAAGGGAUUAGUAAAUGGCGCUAUAGGCUACAUCAACGAAAUCGUUUGGCCUCAAUUUCGUCGAACUCAGAUGUAUGCAACAGAUGUACCUUCCGUCCGAAUUGAUUUCGCAAGAGACGGAGUACAUCUUAUACACCCGAAAGCCAUACAGUUUCCAGCUAAGUACAAUUACGGGACGGCUGAAAGAAGAAUGUUGCCUUUAAUACUAUCAUGGGCUUCUACAAUACAUAAAAUGCAGGGCAGCACUGUGGAUCACGCAGUCGUAUACUUAGGUGCGAAACUGUUUGAAGAAGUUCAAGUCUACGUGGCUCUUAGUAGAGUAAGAUCUUUGCAGGGACUACGUAUAGAGGAGUUGGACAGCAAUAAACUAACGGGCAAGAAACCUUGCAAUAAUGAAGCACUAAAUGAAUUAAACAGAAUGCGAAAUAAAAACUAA